ACGUGAAAUGCCAACAGUCAGAAAUGACGCCACACUAUAUAUAUCCUUCAAGUUCAUUUUAGCUUUGAUUACAAAAUGCCGCGGCGUGGGUUAAAGAAUUUUUGUUCGGCGUAUAGAUUGUGGUUUGAUUCAAACUCUACUCAGUUAGCUAACUAGAAUAAUGGAAGACUAUCUGGGAGAAGAAGCAGCAAAUGUUUACACCAAGAAUCCGAAAUUCCCACCUCAUAUUGCAGAAUAUGUAAUGAAUCGUCUUAAAAAAAUAAAGGGCAAUGAAAAUUUCGAGAAAUUUGAACUUGUUGUGGACGCUGGAUGUGGUAACGGAAAAUCAUUGUUAGAUUUUUUGCCUUUUUUCCAAAGAUCCAUCGGAUUCGACGUCAAUGAGAAUCAAGUUAGAAGAGCAAAAGAAAGUAUAAAAUCCGAGACAGCAACAUUUUAUGUAGGCAUAGAGGAAUCUAUGCUCGUCGAGGACAAAUCCGUAGACUUAUUACUCAACGUUGGCGCUUUGCAUUUCAUGGAUCUUGCGACGUUUUUAAAAGAGUGUAGGAGAGUUUUGAAGAGUACUGGGCUUUGUGCUACUUACGAUUCUUCAUUUUCGAGAUUGGAAGUACAUUUUCCUGUCAAAAAUGCGAAUCAGAAAACGGCCGACGGUAGUGGGAUUCUUACAAGUUAUCGAACAACAUUAUAUCGUUACUAUAUUGAAGCCAACCACCCCACUGCGGAAUGGCUUAACCGAUAUGAACAGAUUUAUGAGCGAGUUACUGGAUUCAACAAAGAGAGAAAUGAUGACGUAACAUACGAUUACAAUAUGACACUGAAAGAACUGAAAAUGUUUUUUCUGUCUUUCCCGACAUUCAGAAAACAUCACAAUUUAUUUGGGGAAGAAUCUGCUCCAUUGAAUAUAAUGGGAGAAGAUUUGAAGAAACUUGUAAACGCUGAAGGAAUUGAUGAUGAAAAGUUGCAACUUCGUUUCACACUGUCAAUGUUCUUUUUAUUUUUAUAUAAUUAAAUAAUGAGGUAAUUAUAAUGUGCGUCUGCGUUCACCGUAAACGUGCAUCCAGCAAGAAUUUGUUUAGUAUAUAUGCUAGUUUUCUUGUGUUGAAAGUUAACUCCUUAAUUUCUGAUUACCUUAUCGAAGCAUGAUAAAUUGAAAAUUGUGGCUUUGUGAUUUUAAUUUCGAUUCAUAGUCAACUGUUUUAUUCGAAUUGCUCUUGUUAAUCAGCGAAUAAAAGGAUUUAUAAGAAAUGGGUUAUAGAGCAAUCAGCUGUUAUUAAAUCAUGAAUACUUGAGUAUCGGACUUCUGAUGCCUUCAUCCCUUAGGCGCCAAAUUAACUAAUCCAAUCAAGAUGUUAUGUGCUGAUGGUCACAACAUAUUGCAACAUAUUUAAAAUAUAUAGUAAUAUACCAUAUAUAAAAAGUUAUCGAAAAAUACACAAAGAACACAA